AACCAUUUCCAGAUGUUUCAUGAAGACAACUUGGACCAAAUUAUCUGGCUUUGCUAAAUAAUUUCACUAAUAUGGUUCCCAGUAAUGGGAUGUAUUAUACUGAAGACGAUUACACUGAAAUUCAAUUUAAUGGUAAUGAUGAAGAAUACGCCUUCUAUGUUGUCGUUACAAACUGUAAAUUUGAUUCAAACUUUCUAAAACAAUUUUGCUUGUCAACAUUUGAAAAUGGUAUUGGCCUUAUCAAAUUCUUUUUUCCAGCCAAAGGGGAAUAUAGUAUCAAUAUCUUUUCAGAUAAAAGAAAAAUACAAUUUCCAUGCAAUUGUACAUGUGUUGCCAAAGAAAAAAACCAAAGAAAAUUAGCUAUCCUUCUGUAUGUUCAUAUAUUGUUGUUAGUACUCAACAACCAAAACAAACACCAACAAUAUUUCCUGAAAAUGAUGUAUAUACAAUUGGUAAACAAAAUCAUUUUUUAAAAAUGGGAUUAAGAGUUGAAGAUAAUUUUCAUUCAUUUCAAAAAUGUAGAAAAUCAAUUCAAUUUCAAUUUUUCAAAACUAAACCAUGCCAAUUCAAUAUUGAAUUAUUUUCAUUUAAUGAUCACGAAAUGAAAAUUGAUAGAAGCCUUUAUUCAUUUAUUCAAAAUUCUAUUUCAUCUGUUCAGUUUUUUUUGAAUUUUCCAUCUAGAGAAAUGUACAAAUGUCUCAUUUAUGGAAAAGAAUUAAAUUCUAAAAAGAAUAGCAAACUGCUCUAUAUUUGCUAUUUUGAUGUUAUUGAAGAGUUUUCAGAUGCUUUUCAAUUUCCACAAACAACUGAUCAAUGGAGAAAUAGUGAAAUAAAUUGCAUCAUUCAACCAAAAUGGACAAUUCAUUGUACAACAACUGCAAAAUUCCAAAUUCAAGGAGUUCAAUGCUGGGAAAUGAUUGCUUAUCUUUCCACCAACAAAAACCAUGUAUUAACAUUUAGCUGUGACAAUGAUAUUUGGUCAUGUGAUGUGGAUAUUGGUGAAAAAUUGGGAUAUUUAAUAAUAGGGAUAAUAUUAAAAAAAAAUCAAAGACCUUUAUUGAAAUUUUAAGAUAUAAUAUCUAUGAGAUGAUUGCAGCAGAGUCUGAAAUCAAAAGUGAAGAAGAGGAAGAAGAGGAAGAGGAGGAAGAGAAGGAAGAAGAAAAUGAAGAGGUUGUUGAGACUGAGAAAAUUUCAAAUGACAUUGUACCAAUGGAAGAAAUUGAUUUUCUAAACUAAAUGGAAAAAAUUGUCUAUAUAAGUCCAUUCAUUGAUGAGGAAGGUAAAGAAGAGGAAGAUGAAGAGGACACUAAAAAUGAAAUAGUUGAAACAAGUACUCAUUCUUUACAAGAACAAACAGCUGAUGAUGUUACUGAUGAUGAACCAAUUGAAGUAGAAGACCCUGAUAAGUUGAAUGAAAUAAAGAAAAAAUUGGCAGAAGCAGUUGACGAUAUAGAUUAUGACGCAUUGAAAUCAAUUUUAAAGAUAGCAUCAAUUAAACCAAUUUGCUAUUCAUUAAAGAAUGAACUAGCAGAGGCAAACAAAUUGAUGGACAACUUAAAAUCAAUCAAAAGUUUACAGUAUAGAAUUCUUAAACUGGAUCAGAGAUGUAUUGCUGAACUACACAAUUACAGUACUCCACCGACAAUUGUGCAUACUGUUAUGAAAUCAGUACUACUCAUCUUAUCAGUUCCAGAAUCGGAAUCUGAACAUUGGAAUGAAUGUCAAAAAUAUAUUAAAUUUGUUUCAUCAAAAUCUAUAUUAAAGAAGAUAGAUAAGUUGGAAAUAUUAAAAUUGCACCCUAGUAUUGUACUCAGGGCUAAUAACAUAAUAUCUUCUAUAAAUUUACAACAAGUAAAAGAAGCUAGUGCAGGUGCAGCUGCAUUCUUUCUUUGGAUUAGUCACAGUAUAUCAGUCUAUACAAAUGUUCAUAAAGCAAGGAUGUCAAAAUUUCAACCAGCUGGCAUUGCAUUGCAAAAGCAGAUAUUUGGGAUAAAAUAGGCCUACAAAUACACUGUGAUGUUUUGAUUUUGAUCAAUUGAUGAAUAAGUUGAUGAUGAGAAGGAUAGGGAAUUUUUAAGAAAUAUAGAAAAUAUUGAAAUGAUAAUAAAUUAUAGGCCUAAUCUAAUCUUUUUCACCUUAGUAAAACAUAUCAACAUGUUUUAAAUAUUAUUUUUCUUCAUUAAAUCAUAACAACUAAAACAAUAAAAUUUAUAUAAAUUAUACUUUGUUGUAUUAUAAAUGAAGGAAUUUCUGCCAUAUCACAACUGCAUUCGUCUUUUCAAUCCCCUUCAGUCAAUUGGUAAUCCAAUUUAUGGAAAAAAUUUCAAAACUAAUAAUAUAAAUAAUUUAUAUCUAACUGAGUAGUAGAAAAUAUAUAGAUAGUCUGUUCAGGUUUUCCAGUUAGAUCAUAACAAAUAUAUAUAAACAAAAGCUACAUGUAAUCAAGAGUGCUAUAAUACAAUUGUUUGAUCUUGUCUUUCACUUGUGGAUAAAGGGGCAUAUGAACCAGAUGCAGAAAGUUCUUGUUCACGUUGUCGAGUUGCUGAGGAAACUCUACAAAAAAAAUAUCAAAUUGAGUUAAGAGAAAAGAAAGAAAAGAAUUUUAAUUAAACAAUGAAAGUGUAUGAAGUUUUAAAAGAAAAAUAAACUUUAUUUUACAUUCACCAAUUAAUAUUGUUGUUCAUCUCCAGCAUAGAUGUUUGGCUUUUACUUGAAAAUGUAUUUGAAAGGCAUUAUUUGAUUUUUUGAUCAUAAUAAAUAAAUAUACGCUAUUCCUGUUCAAAUUGUGAUGACUAUUGAACUGUGCAUUACUCACACAUGGCGUUUUCAACAACCCACUUGGCUGAUAAAUGUUGAUGAUAUUUUAAAACCAUUUAAAAUAUCCAAAUAUCUAGGUGUAAAAUAGCUUUUGAUUUAUAGUUAGCUGGGUUCCAUCUAAGGGUUAGGGCUAGUCAACAAAGUUAAGGAGUGACAAGGGCUAGUUUAGGGUUAUUUAUAAAUUUAAUAGUUAUAUUCAAAACUUACUUUAC